GAUCUAUUCUCAUUAUAUUUUUAUGGCCGUAACAUCUUCGACUUGAUAAGACUUUUGUAAUACUUCGCCUAACGAACAGAAAUCCAAAAAAAAAAAAAAAUAUUAAACGAUUUUGCAAAGUAACGUAUUGACGAACUUUGUGACAUUUUAAUUACCGCAACUUACGCAUCUUCGUAUUACAAUCUCACAAUGCCACGAGGAAAAUUCGUAAAUCACAAAGGCAGGAAUCGGCAUUUUACGAAUCCGGAGGAGCUGGAGGAACAGCGACGUCAGGAAGAGAAAAAGCAACAGUGGAGAAAAAAUAAGGAACAAGACAGUUCUGAUGAAGAGGAUGAUGAAGAACCCAAAGCAAGUGGUACUAAUAGGUCGAAAAAUCUUGAUGCCACAGAUAGUGAAAGUGAAUCGGAAUCAGAGUCAGAAACAGAGGGAGGCAAAGCUAAGGGUGUAGAGAAUUUAAUUGAAGUAGAAAAUCCAAACAGGAUACAAAAGAAGACUAAGAAACUAUGCCAAUUGAAUCAGUCGUUAGAUACUGCAAAACCAGAAUUAUCUCGAAGAGAACGAGAACAAUUAGAAAAACAAAGAGCCUAUGCAAAUUAUCAAAAAUUGCAUGCAGCUGGAAAAACGGAUGAGGCCCGGGCGGAUCUAGCACGAUUAGCUAUAAUUAAGCAACAACGGGAGGAGGCGGCGAAACGACGGGAAGAAGAGAAAAAACAGAAGGAAAUGGCGCAACAGAAAAAAACCGAGUUGACGCAAAAAGCACUCGGGAAGAAAUCUUAAAAUGUUUCGAUAGCUCUAAAAUUGAUAUUAUACUGCAAUAUUAAUAUCUUCAUCUGUGACCGAAUUUUUUGGAGUAAUGAUAAAAUUUGAUGAACUAAUACAUAUGUUUGCUAUAUGCGUUUUAUGAUAUGUUAAUGUCAUUGUUUAUAUAAAUGCAAUUUAAUUAAA